AUGACUGUAUUGUCUGCUGUUCCCACACCGUUUAUCGUGUCUGCCCCAGGUAAGGUUAUUAUUUUCGGGGAGCAUUCUGCUGUUUUCAAUAAGAAUGCCAUCGCGGCGAGUGUUUCGUCUUUGAGGACGUAUAUGCUUGUUGAACAACUGCAGGAGGGAGAUGGUGUUGAAUUGAAUUUCCCAGAUAUUAACUUUGAUUACAGAUGGAGCUCCGAAGAGUUGAAGAAGAUUGAUAUUAGCGGUGUCGAUGAGGCGCUCACGCUAGACAAGCUGAGCUCCAGCCUUAAGGCGCAGCUACAGGAGUUCUUGACUGAUUUGAAGGGUUCAUUGAACUAUUUUGCCGCUUUCUCUUUCCUAUAUAUGUAUUUGUGUUUGUGCCGUGAAGUGAACGGAUUGAAGUUCACUGUUAAAUCUACGCUACCGAUUGGUGCUGGGCUUGGUUCAAGCGCGUCAAUUUCAGUGUGUCUUGCCCUCGCCAUGGCUAGAAUGGGCGGCCAUAUCAGCUGCGAAAAUGCCAUUUCUGAGCAAGAAAAGGAAUUCAUUAACAGAUGGUCGUUUAUCGGUGAGUGCUGCAUUCACGGAACGCCAUCGGGAAUUGAUAAUGCUGUUGCAACGUACGGGAACGCAGUCAAGUUCCAAAGGCAAUCGGAUGGAUCUACAAAGUUUGAUAAGAUCGACAAUUUCCCUCAGCUACCAAUGAUUUUAAUAAAUACCAAAAUUAAAAGAUCAACAAAAAUCCUUGUUGGUGGUGUCGGGGAACUUGUGAGCAGAAAACCUUUGGUUGCAGAACCUAUCUUGGAAGCUAUGGAUCAGGUUGCUAUCAGAGGUUCGGAACUUCUGGCCGAUGUAUCCAAGGAUAUCCACUACGAUGAGUUAUUAGAAUUGAUCAGAGUUAACCAUGGUUUGUUAGUAGCUAUUGGCGUAUCUCACCCAGGGCUAGAAGUAAUCAAACAGUUGAGCGACGAGUUGAAAAUCGGACAAACAAAACUAACUGGUGCUGGAGGCGGUGGAUGUGCUUUCACACUACUCAACAAAGAUGUAGAUCACACAUCGGUAAGGGAAUUCCAUGAAACUCUACACGAAAAGUACAACUACCAGAUCUUUGAAACUGGUCUCGGUGGUGUUGGAUGUUGCUACGUAAACGUACCAAAGGAGAAACAGAAAUUACUGUUAAGUAUUUUUGCAAAUCCAGUUUCAACGCAAGAGAUUUCUUUGGCUCUUUUGCCAAGCCCCGACUCGGAAUUAAAGUGGAUCAGUUGA